UGUGCACUAUUGUUCUAAAAACAUACACUCAAUUGUUUACGUGAAGACACACGUAAAAAAUCUAAUAAGACACGAACAGUUCACACACAACCUGACUUAGCAUUUGUCGAUGGCAAUGUGUUUUCGAACCAUAAUGGCUCUGAUAUUAAUUUUUGUGGCUACUCUUGCUACUGUGAUACCAUUGUCAGCGUUUAACCAUAGUGCAACGAAAAAAGAUUCUGACUUUGACAAGAUAUGGGAAACAUCGAUGAAACAAGAAGAUUUUGAUGGUAUGCCACUACCAGAAAACUCGGAUCCACCGACUGUCACUCAAAUUACACCGGCAAUUGUGAAAAUCGGACAACAUUACGGUGUCCCAUUCACACAUAUUUUGGGAAAGAAGAAACAUCAAUCUACUGAUAAAAAAGACGAUUUCAUGGAGCACGUGGUGGGCGCUUCGCUUAUGUCUGGCGGCACGCUGUUGUCACUGGGCGCACUAGCCUUGGUCGUGAUGGCCAGCAAAGCACUGCUGUUCGCGUUCGGCGCUAUCAUAUUGACGUGCUUAAGUUCCGGCUCGAUGACAGGAUGGCACAAGUUUGGAAACAAGGCAAGCACUGUAUACGAAGUGGUCGCCAAACCACAGAUCACGCACGGUCACAGCUACUCGUCGGAAGUACAUCACGAGCCUUAUUCUGCAGGGUAUCCGCAACAAUCGUCAAUCGGAGAGUACUACAGCGGAUAUCCGGUAGAGCAUCGUUGACGUCACACUCCUAUUUAAAACUACACAUCACGUUUAUGAUUAUGAUUAUUAUUUAUUAUUUAUUAUCACUAUUUAUUAUUAUUAUCCCUAUAGAGAGUGUUAUUGUUAUCAUUAUCAUUACUAUUUUUAUUACUAAAUUAUUGUACUCCAUAUCCUUCCCACCCGAAAAAAUAACAUAAUAUACGGAUCUAUGACGAGUUACAUCAAAA